AUGGAGAACACAAGGUCAAGAAAUCGUUUAAACUCGAUUAGCAACGAGGCGACCGUAGAUGUUCUACAUACAAGGCUUUCUGAAAUGGUUUGGGAAGUAAGCAGCAAACAAAUGAAAGAUACAUUUAAUUCUUACGGCCGUAUCGAUUUAUUUCGACCCUAUUUUGACGUGGAACCACGUCAAGUUCGAAAUCGCUUGAUACAAUCUUUUAUACCUCGAAAGCCUUCACAAAUGAAUGUUUCUAAUGAUAUGUAUGGACCAACAAUGAUUAUCCUUACUUUGGUCGCCUUACUUCUCUACUCCAUGAAAUCAUCAGGGUAUACAGUUCAAGAUGGUACUUUGAUCGGUACAGCAAUGAUUACUUGUUUUGGUGCUUGGUUUUUUAUGUCAUUGGUAAUAUAUGCAUUGUGCUUGAUGUUUAAUGUGGAUAUAUCUUUCACUCAUUUCUUCUCAUUAUAUGGAUAUUCUUUAUGCAGUCACUGUGUGGUACUUUUGCUGACAAUGAUCUUCCACCCACAGCAUUCACAUUUAUUCUUUUAUGCAACGAUGAUCAUAUUUUGCAUUCCGUCCGUCCUGCGAGUGAGUUUGUAUUUGUGUUCACGGACUCACGAUAAAUCUCACAAAUUAACUAUUACUGUAGCAGCCUAUAUAUUGCACCUUAGCUACCUAUGUUAUUUGCACUACGGCUUUCACGUCGUUGUUGAAGAAAUUGAUGAAAUUCUUGGCGAUGUCCAACAAGGUUCAACCACUUUGCCGUUAUCCGCAGGUUGA